UCACAGCCAUCAUUGCAUGCAUUAUGAACCUCAGCCACGCCUCCAGAGCAUAACAAGUCACGCCCAUAACAAAAAUGUCCUCAAAAGAAAAGGAAGAAAGCCAAGAUUUUGCUUGGAGAUGGCGUCUAGAAGAGAGGCAGGUACCAGCAGUGCUGUCAGAGGACAGGCUCUCUGUGGUGUUUCACCCCAGACAAAGUAAUGGCUGCCUUGCUAUAAAAGGAGACUGUCCAUUACUGAAGCACAUGGAGCAUUGGUUUGAGGUGGAACUGUCUCCUCCAUUGCACGGUCAAGCAAGAAUGAUAGGGCUAGGAGACAAGUACACCAGACUACAGAGCAACUCUAAGGACUUCUCUCCUCUCAUUGGGCGGGACUGCUCCAGCUGGGGUCUCAACUACAAUGGGAAGACACUCCAUGAUGGGGAGACGAGGGACUAUGCUGAAGCGCCUGAGCGAUCUGCUCCACUCAAAAUGGGACUCUAUUACGACUCGUAUUACGGGAACAUUGCUUUCAUGUUAAAUGAGAAGAAUUGUGGUAUUGCUUUCCAGAACAUAGCAGUGAAUCUUGAUCUCUAUCCGUUGAUUUGUGCUACACCAAGAGGAUGCCAAAUGAAACUAACCUACAGUUAUUCAUCCGUGAUCUCACUUAAAGCUUUAUGUAGAGGCUCUAUCAGACUCUGCGUUCAAGAUGAAGAGCUAAUUGAGAAGCUCCCUGUCCCACCACACCUCAAGGCCUACCUGUUAUUCAAAGAAUAUCAAAUGCCCAAGUCUUACUAUCACAAUUACUAUUAGAAAAACAGACAAUAUGUGUACCCUUUUUUUUUGAUGUCAUUUUACUUGUACAUCAGCCCAUUCUUACUCCAUCAUACUCAUUAUUAUUGUUAGUAUUGUUUUUCAUGUAACCCACUGAUUACAAACAUCAUCA